AUGGACCAGGCGCAAACGCGGGCCCUUGAGGCUCUUCAACCGUUCAUACACCUUGCGACCUCGUCCACCGCAUCGUCCCCUCGCUUCGUCGCAAACAUAAUCACCAAUGCCACGUCCAGCCCACAUACGUACGUCUUUGCGGAGCUUUUGGAGACUCCAGCCGUCCAAGCUCUGCGGUCGCCAGAGACCCCUGAAGAAUUUCGAGGGUACCUGAGACUACUUGAGAUUUUCGCUUGGGGCACAUGGCAGGAAUACCAAGAAACCCCCAAUCUACCGGCUCUGAAUAAAGAACAGACUCUCAAACUCCGCCUACUCUCUCUUCUCACCCUCGCCAGCACUCUCCGACCGCUUACUUACGAGUCGCUGAUGAAGGCGCUGUCGAUCUCGACCCCUGCUGAACUCGAGUCGCUAGUGACCACCGCGAUCUAUUCUUCGCUCAUCACCGCUCGUCUCUCGCCUGCUACCAACCCACCAACCGUCCAUGUGACAUCGGUGGCCCCGCUACGGGACGUUCGGCCGCAGAUGGUAUCCACGAUGAUCUCCAUCCUGUCCGAAUGGGAGGGACGCUGUGGAGACGUUAUCGGAGGGAUCGAAGCCGAGAUCGCAAAGAUCAAGGCCCAGGCGGCCAAGAAUCGCGAACGAGAGCGAGAGAGAGCCUCGAGGCUGGAGCAGAGCAUCGCAGGCUGGGAGGGCGAUGGCGGCGAUAGCUUCGACGGAGCGGGCGCAGAAUCUGCCGCAGCUGCAGCUGCAGGUCGAAGUGCCAGGUCUAAUAAUAAUCAACAAUCAAGUGGCAGCGGCGGCGCCAGAGGGGGAACGAAGUUCGGGCCGAGCGGCAGCAAGCGGGAAUUCAGUGGUGACGACGACGCAGACGAUGAUGACGGUUACUGGGACAAUAACAGCGACGGCGGGGUGGACGCGCGGAUGGAUAUUGACGAGGGCGCAGGAGCAGGAUCUCAUUCGACCCGAGCGGGGGGGAGUUCUGCACGACAGGCCAAGCGGGUCCUGAAUAUGGGAAAGAAAAGCUGA